AUGCCAGACCCUACUAAGUCUUACCGGGUAGAAUGUGAUGUGUCAGACUUUGCCAUCAGUGCCAUGUUGUCACAACAUGCCGAGGACAAUGACUGGCAUCUGGUGGCAUACCUUUCCCAUGCCCUCACCACCUGGGAACGGAACUACGAUACCCACGACAAGGAGCUGCUGGCCAUCAUCCACGCGCUUGAAGAUUGGUGCCAUUAUCUCGAGGGUUCCCUUCACCAAGUCGAGAUCUUUACUAACCACAAGAACCUCAAGUACUUUACCACUGCGCAGAAGCUAAAUAGACGCCAGGCUCGGCAACGAAUUUUGGACACGGACACGAAGGAUCAGGAGGUCACGGCGGCCUUGCGCAUUAUCGAAGAGGAGGGACCGGCUGCCCUGAAGCACAAGCUUGUUGGUUGGGAACAGAAGGACGGUCUCCUGAUAUACAACGCACGACAUUUUCAGGCGUCCACUGGCAAGUCGCCGUUUGAGCUGCUUUAUGGCUUCACGCCGUGUGCCUACCCCCAGCUCAACCCCACCACAUGCUUCUCACAUCUCCGGGACCGGCUACGUCACCUUGAGUCCGUGUGCGAGGAGGCCCAGGCCAGCCUGCAGAUCGCUGCGGAACUCAUGAAGGACCGUCACGGUGUUCCUGAAGCUACCUACAAACUAUUCAAGGUUGGUGACAAGGUCUGGUUGGAGGGCAAGGACCUCAAGUCCGUACGACCAAAGGCGAAACUCAAUGCCAAGCAGCAUGGGCCGUUCACUGUUACAGAGGUCCUCAGCAAUCUGGAGACCGCCAUCAACUUCCGUCUUGACAUUCCAAAGACUUGGAAGCGGAUUCACUCAGUCUUCCACACUCAUCUCCUCACCCCAUACAUGGAGACGCCAGAACACGGCCCUAACUACACAGAGGAACCACCUGAGUUGGUCGAUGAUAAGGAGGAAUAUGUGGUAGAGGCCAUCCUCAAUGGCUAG